AUGAAUCGAAGUCAGUUCACAUCUGUCAAGUCAAACAGUGAUGAAGUUGCGUCUGCUGGUUCUAGCCGGAGUUCGAAUCAAACAUGGGCUAUAGAAAGUACCGAGGCUCAUAAUCGAAAAAUCUCAUGCCGGCACUGUAGAAUCGAGGAGAAGUCAACUCCAAUGAUGCGUUGUGGACCUAAAGGGCCAAGAACACUUUGCAAUGCAUGUGGAUUUAUGUGGGCGAACAAGGUAAAUGCUUUUAGAGACUUAUCCAAAGGCGCUCCUCAAACAGACAAAGAUCUUAGGUUAAAUAAGAGUAAAGAUGCAAAUCUUGAGGCUGAUCAAAUGAUGAUGACAGUUGCUAAUGACAUAAGCACCUCACAGUCACAGUGUUGGCUCUUAUUACAAGCAAGAGAAUCUGAAACAGAGUUUGAUCAUCUCAGGUGA